ACGAUGACGAUGACGAUGACGAUGACGAUGACGAUGACGAUGACGAUGGCAUCAUUAUGACUUCAUCGUCAUCGCUAUCGUCACCGAACGCCCGCAGCUGUGUGGCGCUUGGUCGUGGCCAGCGCCGCCGGCCGCCCGCGGGGGCGAUGCGAACGGAGCGCGGGGCGCGGGAAGGCCCUGGCGAGGCUGCGCCUUGGCAGCGGCCAGGCCGCAACGCAUGCACAUGGAAUAUGAGGAGCGGCCAUCAGGAAGGAGGAGGAGGAGGAGGGGACGGACGGGGCGGCCGCGGAGGAGGAGGCACGGAGCUCGACGCGUGAACUGAAAAAAGCGCACGCGUGGCGCGACACGCUCGCCAAAAGGUCAGCGAGCGAGCCCGACGGGGGCACCAAGGAGGGGGACUUCCCGGCAUGCAGGAGCGGGGGGGAGAGAGACGGACGGGGCGGCCGCGGAGGGGGAGGCACGGAGCUCGACGCGUGGACUUAAAAAAGCGCACGCGUGGCGCGACACGUUCGCCAAAGAGUCAGCGAGCGAGCCCAACGGGGGCGCCGAGGAGGGGGAUUUCCCGGCAUGCAGGAGCGGGGGGGAGAGAGACGGACGGGGCGGCCGCGGAGGAGGCACGGAGCUCGACGCGUGGCCUUAAAAAAGCGCACGCGUGGCGCGACACGCUCGCCCAAAAGGUGGGCCAACGCAGGGAGCCGACACGCGGCGUGUGGACGCGGGCGUCUGGAACACGGCGCGCGCUGCGUCUCAAAACGUGCGUACACCGGGGCAGCGGAGCUGAGGAAGAGGGGGUGGGGAGGCAGGGAGAACCCUUCGGCAACACCACCCCCACCAACCCCAUCCGCCAACUCGUCCUAGCGAUGCGUCUGGCUGGGUAGCUUCUCGACUUAUGGAGAGCAGGCCCGCCUGCGUGCAACACAACACAGUCUUGCCGAAGCGCUUGCCAACGGCGUGCGCGAGCCGGUGCCGCGUGGAGCCGCGUUCGUCCUGCGCCCCGCGGGACCGAAUUCGACUGGCACGCGGAGGAGACGUACACGAAGAGGCCGAGGCCCGAAAAAACGGAAGCCGAGGGAGGAAGGAGGGGGGAGCGGAGGAGGGGAAAAUGCUAGCCCUGGCCACUCCGCUUGGAAACCCCAAACGGUCACGCUCAGGUGGAUGCGCUCGCUGGCAUUGUUUCAACACCGGAACCCGAGGUCUCCCAGGCACAGCUGCUGCACCGACCGGCGACGUGGCCAGCAAGAGCUUCCGCCAGCACAUCGGGCACAACGGCGCUCGUCCGUGCGCCAGGAGUUCGACUUGCAAGACCCUGCUCCUGCCCACCACCCCACGAGCGUCCUCGUCCGCGCGAGAGGCCUCACUGAACCUGGAUGCGGACCCCCGUCCUGUGGGCCUGCUUGUGGACGGCGGCUUUCUCCUUGCGCCUGCGGCCCUUCUCGCCCUCGUCGCACAUGUGUAGAAGAUGAAAAAACUGCAUAAACAGAAUAAACUGUUUUGGCGCUCCGCGCGGAUUUCUUGGAUCCGCGACGUGCCCCUGGAGCGCGGAGCGCGCCAGGGGCAGCGCCGGAGGCGCCGCCAGGGGGCUCAUGGCGCGGAUCCGAGAAACCCGCGCGGACAGCCGAAAGUUUAUGUUUACAUGUUCUUGUUCUUCUUCCAAUGUGGCAGAACUGGCACCCCGACCCGUUCCCGCAGCCCUUGGUGUUAGGUCGGGCAUCCCCCUGCAGGUGGAUUUGGGGCGAAAAAAAAUGGCAUAACAAAC